AUGGACUCCUUUCUAAGCCUCUUCGAUCCCAAUCAACCCGAUGAUGGUUUCGAUGAAGAACCAGACAUACGAAAUAAUAACAUUUCUUCUUCCGGCUAUUCAUCACAAAGUGGCCAACAAAGUACCAAUUCCACAUCGGGCAGUGGCAGCAGUAGCAGUGACAGUGAAUUAGAUGGCAAAAACAAUAAAAUCAUAAUUGAUUUUGAUCAGGGAAUGCUGCCGCCCGAACCUCAACUGGGCAAUAUUGAAUACAAACUGAAGCUAAUAAAUCCCUCGAAACAGCGUUUUGAACAUUUGGUAACGCAAAUGAAAUGGCGGCUACGCGAAGGCCACGGUGAGGCGAUCUAUGAAAUUGGUGUCUCCGAUUCGGGACAUUUGCACGGCCUCAAUGAGAAAGACAUGAACGCCUCUUUGUGUACACUAAAACAAAUGGCCCAUAAAUUGGGUGCCAGCACUUCGGUACUGCGACGGAAAUAUGUGGCAGGACGCAGAUCGGUGGCUGAGGUAUUGGUACGAAAAAUACCCGAUGAUCAACACAACAUUGAGGUACGUGUAGCGGUAUUGGGUGGUGCUGAUGCUGGUAAAUCAACACUACUCGGCGUACUUACACAGGGUGAAUUCGACAAUGGACGGGGGCGAGCGCGUCUGAAUAUGUUCCGACACAUGCAUGAAAUACAAUCGGGACGCACCUCAUGUAUAUCUCACGAAACCCUGGGUUUCGAUACCCAGGGUAAUAUCAUCAACUAUAAAUACAAUGAAAUGAUGACGGCCGAAGAGAUCAGUGAUCGCUCAACAAAAUUGGUAACCUUCAUGGAUUUGGCUGGACAUCGGCGGUACAUGCGUACAACAGUACAAGCCCUAUCGGGCUACUCACCCCAUUAUGCCAUGCUAGUUGUCUCUGCAGGUGGUGGCUUCAAUGGUACCAGCCAGGAACAUUUGUCUAUAGUGCGUGCCCUUGAUAUGCCCUUCUUUGUUGUUAUCACCAAAACUGAUAUUACAUCGCCCGACCAGACAAUACAGGAACUCAAGAAUCUACUAACAAACAUUGGCUGCCGCAAGGUACCCUUCGUUGUCACCAAUACCGAUGAAGUUAUUUCAGCUGGCUCAAAUCAAUUAUCCGAAAAUAUUGUACCGAUAUUUUGUGUCUCGAAUGUAACCGGCUCUGGAUUAAAUCUAGUUACACGAUUCCUCUACGUUCUCUCGCCCAGUGUUAGUAAUUCGGAAAAGGAACGUUUGGAACAGGAAUCAUGUGAAUUUCACAUAGAUGAAAUAUUUCGAGUGUCGGAGGUGGGUCCUGUAGUCGGUGGUCUAUUGGUUAAGGGGGUACUAACCGAAAAUAUGUCGAUGAAAAUUGGUCCAUUGCCAUGUGGUAGUUUUCAUUCGGUUACCGUACACACAAUACAUCGUAAUAAGGCACCAUGUCGUGUGGUAAGAGCGGGACAGAGUGCUUCGCUGUCAUUUACACCAAAUCAACAGUUGCCGGCGCUAAGGAGUGGCAUGGUGCUGUUGGCCGACACAGGAAAUCCCGAUGAUGAACCAUAUGGAACGUUGUUCUUUCAGGCCAAAGUAUCGGUAUUAUUUCAUGCUACAGCUAUAUAUGUUGGAUUCCAGACUACCGUACACAUUGGUAGUAUAAGACAAACGGCCAUAAUACGUGGCAUUAUGGGAGGUGAGAAAAUCGGCACAAAUGACAGUGCAUCAGUAAUGUUUCAAUUUGUUGGACAUCCGGAAUAUGUACGGCCCGGUAUGCGAGUAUUGUUUCGUGAGGGCUCGAAUAAAGGUAUAGGUGUGGUGACACAAGUAUUUCCCCUAAAUAAGACGCUAAAUAAUUGUUAAGCUACCAAAAAGCCGAAAUCCGUUGCCGUUAAUCAUUUAA